AUGGCUAAAGUAUCACUUUUGCGAAUAUUUUCGAUAGCUCUUUGGACUCUAAAACAGAUCAAUUGCUACUAUGCAUUAAAGAAUACUUUAAACUGUAAAUAUCCACUAUUACCAGAAUUUAUUAAUGGGGUUGGUUUGGGUACUGAACAUUUAUACAUAUCAGAAGUCCGUGGGAUCUAUCAUAAACCGGAGAAUCAAAUUCAUUUAGAAAUAUAUGAACCAAGCAUUGUGACAAUAUCCUUAGAAAAGUCCUAUGAAAGUACUUUAGAUCUUUCUUACUUGAAUAUUUUACAUAAAUUAAAUGAUAAACCAGGUGAUGUUAUAUUAUUCGGAAACCAUACUUGGGGAAGUGCAGGAAACAACACUAGAUUACUUCUACGUGGACUACUACAACCAUCACCAUAUAUUAUAUCUAUAGGAUCUAAUUAUAUUAAAGAUGAAUAUAUAUCUGGGAAAGUUGAUACAGAGUUCUGUUCCCCUAUAAGAUUUGAUUUAGCUCUAGUUAAGGAAGAAGAUAUAUCAUACAGUAAAUGCAUGGUAAUUAACCCAUUUAAAGAAUUAAUUGUUCAUUUAGAUGAAUCUGUACCUUAUAAAUUCUCAAAUGAAGUAGAUCACCCAUUUUUAUUAAAGACUCCUGAAAGUUUGCAUUUAUACAAUAAAUUAUACAAAGGAAGAAUUUUAUGGUCCAAAUUGUUUUUUGUUCCAAUAAAUAAAGCUAAACCUGAUAAUAUGGUUCAUAUAGCUGUUGAACUGGGUUUUAGAUACAUAUUUUCACCAUUGCAAUUAAUUCUGGAACCAAUAGGUUCAAAUGUUAACAUGAAUGAAUUAUUAAAAAAAGAUGUUGGAAUAGAAGAAAAAGUUUUAUCUAGAGUUUUAUUUGGUUCACCAAUAUAUAAUGGGCAAGUAUUUAGAGAGACUAUUGCUUUAAGAUCUUUUAGACUAAUUAUUAUUGUUCCAGAAAUGUCUCAUAUCCCAACAUGCAUAUCUUUUGACUUGAAUAUACAAAUUAAAAUACAACCACCAAUAUAUAAUCCGAUGAAUACUGCUUUAUUAUCAUUUAAUCAAUGUAAUUUGAAAAGGAUACCAAGUUUUUUAAUUCAAGAUGGAAUUGAGCUAUUUGCUAAUUCUCAAAUAUCCAAGGUCCAAUUGGGAAGUUAUAUGUUUGGUUCAGUUAUUCAAAUUAAAGGUAGUUUUGCACCUCCACAUUCUACAUCAUUAUCAACAAUUAAUAUCAGAUUAUCAAAACCAAGUACUUUUUAUAUGCUGGCAUAUCAUGAUCAUUCAGAAAUUUCAGUUGUCUUGUCAAAAAGUAGUUCUUUUUCUCAAAAGGAAAUAGAUGAAUUUUAUAGUGAGAAAAAUAAUAGUGAAGUGGAUGAUACUCGUCAUAGCCAAAAUGAGAAUAUUAUUUGUAAGAGUACUAAUUUAGCAAGAGAAGGGAUAACAAUAAAAGAAACACCUUACAUUUAUUGCCAGGUAAAAAGUGCAGGUGAUUAUUAUUUGCAUAUUUAUAAUUUUCUUCUUAAUGAUUCUAAGAAUUCUGUACUCUCUUGUUCUCCUCUUCAUCUUCAUAUUGAAGUUAUACCACUUAUUGCUCAAAGAUACUCCUGCCCAAUGAAAAAUUCAAUAGAAAACUUUUUAUUAAGAAUUAAUAAGGAGUCAUCGCAAGUUCACAUGAAUAAUAACUAUAUUUAUCUCGGAAAGAGUAGUGAUUCUACUUAUUUUAAGGAUAGAGAUAUUAUACUUUUAUAUAGCAAAGAUUUUGAAGUCCUAGAAAGUGAGGAGGACUUUUAUUUUACUACUACUCUAACUAUUCCAGAACAUGCAUAUAUAAUGGUAUUUAUGAACCUUUUAUACAAAGGAGAACUCUGGAGUGUUUUAAAUCCAGUGUAUAGGAGAACAUUCCAUAAUUCAAUUGGUCCAUUAUUACCUGGUAAAUACACAAUACAACUAUUUGCUUCUAGACCAUCAGAUGAAUUAAAUCCUUAUUUUAAAAGUAAUCUAUCAAAUUUCAAAGAGAAAGAUAGGAUAAAAGCUGAUUGUAUUUCAUUUAUAUAUAAUAUAAGACUUGUAAGGAUAUCUGAAGUAAACACUUCAACUCUUAUAUCAAUGAAUUCUACUGAAGAUGCAAAACAAGUUUGGCACUCUAAGAUGUGUGAAAUUAAUCAUAUGACACUACCAAGUAUUAUAGAUUUGAGGAUACUUUCACCAGAAGAAGAUUAUAUUUUAGAUGGGACAUACCUUAUACCACUAGAUGAAUAUGAGUUAGAAGAUGAAGAUAAUAAUAUUAUGAAUAGUAAUGAAUUUUGGUUUCAAGAUCUUACUAGUUUAGCUAAAAUCACUAUAUACUUAUCUACAAGAAGUGUUUUAAAUGCUGCAAUUGAAAACUAUCAUGGAAUUGUCUACUUAUAUACAAAGAGUAUUAAUUUGAAUGAGUUUAAAAAAGGUUAUAACAAUCUCUUUAUUGAAUUGAAUGAAGGUGUACAUAAUCUAUUUUUACAAUUUGAUCUACUUGAAGAUUUUAUUGAUGAAACAAUUGAAGAGGGUGGAUGUCCUCAAUUCAAAUUUCACUUAUCUAUAUCAUCUUUAAAAUUACUCCCAAUAUUUCCUGCUUUAUUAAGUAAAUCGUCAAAUUUCAAGUUAUCUUUUUCAAGUUUGAACAAGAAAUGGACCCAAAAAGAAAUAACUAAUAUUGCUAAUAAAUAUACUAAGCAAAUUCUGCCAACUAAUAAGAUAUCUUUGGAUCUUACGAAAUUAAUCUCACGUAACUCUAAUAAUUAUAUAUUUUCAAUUGAUAAUGGUAAUGGAGUUGAAUUAAGUGAAUUGAAUUUUUGGUUCUCACCAUUAAUGAAUCUCACAUUUCCAAUUACAACUAAAAGUGACAAAAGUAGCUUAACAGUAGAACUUUUUUUAAUUCCAAAUUGGAUACCACUUGUUGCUAAUCUCAUCAAAAUUCAAAAUCAAACACAAAGUUAUAAUAAUGGAAAUCUUCACUUAAAAAGUGCCACAAAUAUAAAACCACUGCAUUAUAAUCAACACAGUGUAGAACUUUUGGAUUCCAAUGUAGAACGUGGUUCUUAUAUUCUUAGUAUUCACGCACGUGGAACUUAUUCUGUGGAGGCAUUAAAUCGCUGUUCUCUGGUCAAAAUAAGGAUUAUUUUAUCAUCAACUACAGAAUCUAAACAAUUCUCUCUUCGUCAAGAACUCCUAAAUAUACCGGAUUUAUUACCAUCCCUUACUCUACCUGAUUCAUUAAAUAGAUUAAGUUUUUUACCAAAUAAGGAUACUAAUAUAGUUGCGACAAUGCUGAUAAAUCUAAAGGAAAAAAAGCAAACAUUCAUAUAUGUACCAAAAGGACAAUUAAUAUUGAUUAGAUAUAUUUUUGAGCCAUCAUUUAUUGCAAUAUAUGAGGUUUUUGUUUCUAUUUAUCCAACUUCAACUGAAGAUCAUAAUGUGGAAAGACCUAUAUUUGAGUCUGGUAAGUAUGGUGAUACCUUAACAGUUUUAAGUCAUGGAAAUUAUACUAUCCAAUUUCAAUCAAAUCCAAAUGACUUACCAUAUUUAAUUACUAUUGGUUUGACAUAUUUCGAUCCCUUAAGAUUUUCUAAGUUCUUUGAAAAAUUCAGAACACCAAGGUUACAAAAAUCUGAAGGAAGUGUUCAAGAACAUGAUCACUCUAUUGAUAGUGAAGAAAUAAAAAAGAAUCCAAUUAAAUUAUCUAAUAAUAAAUUCCACUGUCACUAUUUUAUUGGUAAUUUAAUGCGUGAAAUAAAUUCAGAAAAAGAGAUUUACUAUAAUUCAGGGAAAAUAAAUGUAUGUCAAGGUCCUUCCAAAGGUAAAUUUGUAAAUAGUUUUACUGAUAUGAGCUUAAAUGUAGAAACAUCAUCUAUUGUAUACCUUGAAAUUAAUUCAAAUUUUUUAUACCACUUUUAUAGAAUUGGAAUUAUUGUUCCUGAAGGCUAUUGGGUAGCUGAACAGCGAGGUAUGCAAAGUUAUCUAGAAGUUGAGUUGGCAAAAGGAAAUUAUAUAGUACGUAUUGAAUCCUUAAAUUCUUAUUCGGAAUUUGAAGAUCCAAAUAUAAUUCAAUUUACUUUGUCUAUAAACAUAAAUCCAAUGCAAGAUAGUUCUACAGUUAAUAGUUCAAUAUCAAAUAGAUCAGAUGUAUCAUUUAAAUAUGAAUGUUAUAUUCCAAACAGUGUACCCCUACCUCUAGAUCUUUCAAGUAUACAAGGUGGUAGUACUGUAUAUGGAGGACCAAUAGAUCCAACAAAUCCUAAUUAUCUUUUAAGAGCAAGAGUAAUAUUAACAGAUAUUCACAACGGACGGAAAAAAGUAUAUUUUGAAUUAGCUAGGAGGUACUUACCAAUAUUUGUAAGGAUAUCUGUACAUCCAGUUAAUUUUGAUAUCUCAGAUACACCUAACUUACUCCAAAUAUUUUUAAUGAAUAUGAAAAUGAUUCCAUUAUCACCUAUAUCAUCAUUUGUUGAUCAAGAAUUCAAUUCUAUUGAUUAUAUAUUCAAUGUUGACAAUGAAUCUAUUCUUCAGAGUCAGCUAGAAAGUCAAAAUUUACCUUAUUGGCUAACAUUUACCCAUUCUAUUGAAUCAUCUACACAUCGUCCAUCAUGUAUUGCUUUUGAUUUGGUUAUACAUAUAGUGAAGAUGAAUAGUGAAUUUAAUCAAAGUUAUUUUAAAGAUGAUAUGCAACUAACUAAAUCUAUAGAGUCAUGGAGAGAUCAUAUACAAACUAGAAUAGAUAAAGCUCUAAAAGUUAGGGAUUUUCCCCAAUAUAUUCAUAUAUCUUCAGGUCCAAUUAUGCUGCAAAUAGCAGAAACUAUUGAUGAGGAAAUAUUUAUAGAUUUAUCUGAAAUAUCUCUCUCAGAAGUUUUUUUAAUCAUUAAUAUAUAUUAUAAUCCUUUAUUAGUACUUGCUAAAUUAGCAAUCUUUCCAGAAAAUGAUCAGAAUAUUAGCAAUUCUGAUGUAAUACCAAUACACUCAAGUGUAUUUCAUUUUACUGGUAAUAUUUCAACUCCACUUUAUGGUAAGCAGACAAUAUCAAUGGUUGUUAAUAAACAGUUUUAUACUCUUGAACUUUCCUUAACAAAUUUACCACCAUUUAUGUUAAAGUCAGUACCCAUAAAAUUUGACAUUUCUCUUGUUUCAAUGCGACAUAGAGAAGGUAUGAAACCAUUGAUUAUUUCAGUUAAUCCUGAUCUAUCAGUACCAAUUUUAUCUGGUCAGAAUCUUCAAGUAACAAUUAGAUUAUCUAUUCCUUUACUUGAAAGGAAAAAUUCGAAUGAAUUAUUAAAAUGUUUCUAUAUUAUAGGAAAAACAAGUAUUGAGUCCACUUCUGAAGCUAUAUAUCCUUCAAAUAUACAGAUAUUAGAUUCUGGAUUUGGAGUUAGUAUAACAUUUAAUAGUUGGGAAAUAACAAAGACUCUAGUUAAUAAUAAUGAUCAACAUACUCUUACAGGAUAUAUUGUAAUUAAUAAUAAGAAAUUAAUUCCAAAAACAAUUCAUUUAGAAUAUUAUACAUUUGCACCCUGGAUAUAUUCUGAACAUUUGGACAAUCAGAAUUUAUACCUACCAAUAUCUGCAUAUAAAUCUAACUCUGUUGGGUGGGCCACUUUACCAUGGAAUGGCAAAUGGGACUUAAUCAAUUUCGAAAAAUUCCAAGUAAAUAGAUUAAGUGAAAUUAAAAGAGCAUUAUUUGGAGAAUCUAGUGGAAAUAUAAAGAAACAGCCAGAAAUAUCUACAACCCAUAUAGACGAUAUACCUAGUGAAAGCAUUAACUUCUCGACAGAUCAACACAUCCACAUGUUAAAUGUCCUCAAGGUCCUUAUUAUUACCUUCAUUAUUACUAUUCUAUGUUAUAUAAUUUAUCUUAUGACUAAUAUAAAGUAUUGGUUUAUAACACUUAGCAAAUUCUUAACUAGUUCAUUUAUUAAUCCAAAUAAAAGGGGGGACUAUGACCUCGUUAGUGAAAAGAAUGACUUUGACUUCUUAGAUACUAAUGAUAGUGAAGAUGAAAACCCUUCAAAAAGAUCUGGAACUAGUAAAAAAAAAAUUUAG